AUGAUUCACUUGGGAGAUGUGGUCCCCGCAUGCACAUUGCCAUGCUCAUUCUACUCCUACGAAACAGACAGAUCGACAUCAACAUGGCCAACUAAAUCAUGGCAGUUGGCCUGGUUGAACACCAGUAUUGGACGAACUGUUCUUAAGAUGCCGGAAAUGUCCGAAUACCGACGGGCCAUAGAAUUGCUCAAUCACUCCGUGGAUGUUAAUGAAACCACCACGCGAGAAGUCCUGCACAUUUUGGAGCGGAAUAAUGCUCUUGAACGCAAUUUACUCGCAAUUACAGUAGUCCGACCUAACUGGAACUUACAUAAGGUUAGUUGA